UGUGGACCAUUAAAUUGAGUCUCCUAUUGGCUAUGUCUCCGAGCUACGUCCCUACUUGGCAUCGACUUCCUUGGCCUUGGGAUCCGAUGGCGAACCGGGUAUCCACAAAAGAAUGGGGCAACCCAAAUGGAAUUUUGAAUGACGAUAUCCACAGGGCCUCCCUAAGAGCGGGAAUAGUCGGGAAUAUCUGUCCGGUUUACUGAAAGUUCCUUUGAAAAUUUGACAUAUGGGUGCCCGAUACAUCGGCCUCGUCACUUCGCGGUAAACUUCGCGGGUAGCAUUCUCCGAUUAGCAAACAAAAUAUGCUGUAACGCUAGCUGGCAAGCUGGACAAUGACCGCCGGAUGGGUGGUUACGAUCACACAUGCAAUCUCCCACACCGCCCCGGUCGAUAUGUAGUUGACUGGUUGACUCCCGUAAAAGUUCUGCAGACUACGGUGCGGACCGAAAGCUUCUCAAGUGAGCGGUUGUAUAAUCGACCCUAAGUCAAAGCGAGGUUGCAUUACCCUUCGUUGACUCUAACCUUACAUCCCAACACUUGUCUUCAACCAAUCACGAGGAUCCUAUAAACCUCGGGUGAUAUCCGUGUUUUGAAGCUUGUCUUAGACUAUCCGGAACUGUCUUUUGCUUUUUUCUCUUUGAAUCCUGCUAAUCCGCCCACCGGCUAAUUGUAAUACUCAUCUCAUCGGAUACAGGACGGCUUGGAAAAAGGAUUCAGUCUUGCGAAUGAUGGGAUUGACCAAUAAUGGUAGCGGGCUGGCGCCUGUUUUAGAUGGCGAACAUGCGGACAACCCAGUUCUUGACGAGAUCACCGAGAAAUAUGAGACAGAGCACCCCAGCAUCCCGGCAGGACAAUCCUUGGCUGCGCAGCGUGGCUUGGGACAGCACGGCACCCGCGAAGAGAUCGAAGAUGAUAUACCUCUACCCGAUGCAGAUACGCCUAUCAGCUAUCGUUACCUGACGUUUAAUACACCGGUGGCGCGUCCGAAUCUGGAAGAUUCGCAGCUGGAUCGUAGCGACCUACCGGCAUGUCCCGACCUCUCGCAGUUCGAAAAUCCAUUAACCUGGCCCAAGACACGCAAGGGGGUCAUGGUAGCUAUAUCCUGCAUCGCCACCUUGUUCACUGCGUAUGCGGCUGGUGCUUAUUCGCAAGCUGCGGAUCUGAUUGCUUCAGAUCUGAAUACGACGCAUGAGAGCGCGCUAGUAGGUGUGACAACAUUCUGCGUAGGCUUCGCCGUCGCUCCUAUGGUCCUCGCCCCAUUUUCCGAGGUGAAUGGGCGCUAUCCCAUCUUCGCGAUUGCUGGCGUCGUCUUCGUUCUCUUCCAGGGCAUCUGCGGCGUGGUUACAAAUCUAGCAGGUAUGCUGGUCGCCCGAUUUCUCAAGGGCGUCGGCGGAAGCGUCUUUAGUACCAUGGUGGGAGGCGUCAUUGCUGAUAUGUACGACAAGGAGGAUCGUAAUACCCCUAUGGCUCUGUUCUCUGGUGCCGUUUUAAUUGGCACUGGCCUAGGGCCCCUUGUGGCUGCGGUGAUGGUUCAGACUUGGGAAGGAGAGGGUGACAAAUGGAAAUGGAUAUUUUGGCAUCAGGUUAUCAUAGACUUUGUCUUGAUGGUUGCCGUUGUAGUCUUCUUUAAGGAGAGUCGAGGAUCUGUACUCUUAUCGAGAAAGGCGAAAACUCUUAACAAAUGGUAUGGGCAAUUGGAAGAGAAGGGUAUAUUUGGAGUAUAUGUGCACGGAUCAAAAGGUGAUUCGACAGCAGUGAUAGCAAAUUCGGGAUUGGAUUCGCCAGAGAAGCCUCCCCUUCCCGCUUCAUCAGCUGUGACACCUACCUCACCUCGACGCAGACCGACUAAUUCCAGGAGGGCCGUGCGGCUCCAGCGAAUCAGAUGGAUCGUUAGGGAGGAUGAACAGCGCGCAUCUAUCACGACAAUGAUAACUGUAUCGCUAUGCAGGCCGUUCUUGUUGCUCUUCACGGAACCCAUCGUAUUUUUCUUUUCCCUGUGGGUGUCCUUCGCAUGGGCCAUCCUUUAUCUUACCUUCGGAUCUAUACCUCUUGUGUUCCAGCGGCAGUACGACUUCAACAUUGAACAGUCCGGUUACGUCUUCACGGCUAUGAUCGUCGGGUCUGUAAUAUCCACAAUCAUUGGUAUAUACCAAGAGAGUGUGCUCAACCAUCCCAAGUGGCGAUCGGAGUCGGAUGACACUGAGACAGACAGCGUAGGAGAUGCCAUAGACAACGACAACGAUGAGAAUGUCGAAGGUGAAGGAUUUUGGGGUUUCUUGCGACGGAAAUUCCCGGCCGAGUCCCCGGAAGCACGACUAUACUUUACCUGUUUCACUUCUAUACUCCUUCCGAUAGGUCUCUACUUAUUUGGAUUCUCAGCACAACCAUCAACGCAUUGGAUGGUUCCUACAUUUGCCAUCUUCCUUGCCACGAUGGGCAUUUUUUAUGUCUACCUCGCUACCUUUAAUUAUCUUGCGGAUAUCUACCAAGCGUAUGCUUCCUCAGCUUUAGCAGCCCAAUCUUUCUGUCGUAACGUCCUCGGGGGAUGUUUCCCUCUCGUAACGGGUUUAUUGAUCCGAAACUUGGGAGAGGAUGCGAUGGGUGGAUUGUUGGGAGGAAUCGCAACAGCGUUGACAGUAGUACCGUGGGUGUUGGUAUUAUUUGGAGAUAAGAUUCGGGCAAGAAGUUCAUUCGCGAUCGCCCUUGACCAUAAAUGAAGGCUGAAGAUGUAUCGGUGCUAACUCUAGAUUGUCACUAUUUCGAUGAAUGGGUUUUUUCGUCGGUCGCUAUCUUCGGAUAUUUAUUUCCCCUCGUAAUGAAGCUAUGGGGUUCAACAAUAUACGCUCGUUAUUCGUUAUAGUAAGGGUAGAGUAAGAUGGCAGCUCCAAGAUAGAGUUGACUACCAGUCGAGCGAUGACGACGGGAAUGAUGAUAAACGUAAUUAUCGCACAAUUACAUUACGGGGGAUAAGAUCUUUUAUAAUGAUAAUAUUGAUGACAUAAUAAAUAUUUAUUUAAGAGUUA